CUCAAACCCCUUCAGGCGGACCCUGACAGGCCUAUCACACCGAGAGGCUCUGAGGGAAUCCCAAGCGGAUGGCGACAGUCUUCCUAAAUACCCAUAGAACCAUUGGCUCUGUCCACCAGAAGCGGGGAUCUCUUUAUUGUGCUCCAGAGGACCCCCCUAUUAAUACCAGACGCCCAUCUUUUAUUGGGCUGUAGUGACGUGAAAAAUCGUGGAACACCAACAACUCGUGAUUUUAUCGAAGACUGCUUUCCAUUAUCUCACUCGAAGAGUUUACCCCGCACAAAGCACAAAAUGCUCGAGUCUGCUAUCCCUGAACAUCUCCUGCAAGAGAGGACGAGGCCCGUUAACACGCCACCGAAUUUUAAUCCGCCCUUCCCAGCGUACUCUGCCCGGUUCCCAAAAUGCACAAAGGACCUAGUUAUGGCAGUCGUCGGUGCCCAGUACUCCACACCCACCGAUGAAGACGGAUUAGCAAUGUCCACGGUGUCGGGAUUUAUCAACAAUCCAACUGCUGCUGGGAAGAAGCCAUCGUUUUGGGAGUCAGCAUCCGUGACUGAUAAUCGGGGGGCAUACAACAUUGCUGUCCUUGCUUACUGGCCUGAUAAGGGAUCUUACACGGAAUGGGCAACUACCAGCGGAUUCCAGACCUGGUGGGAUACGCUGGACCCUGAAACACAGCGCCACGGGUGGUUUCUAGAGGUAUUUUUCCCGACAAUUGAUCGGUUCGAAACCGUCUUUUCAGACAACGAAGUCCCAGAGGGUGCGGCACAUAUGAGCGAAAGUGUCAGUGGUCCUCUCAGGGAACAUGUGUUUUGGGGUAGCAUGCGCGACCGUUUACCCAUCGCACAAACGGAUGAGCUCGUGGGUGAGAGCGGCAACACAGCGAACAAGCCCACGAACUCUGUUCUACGACGCCGUAUCCGCGUGGGCGGCAAGCAAAACUUCGCAGUCAUUCGCUCGGGUCAAGACUGGUCGAACACUCGCCCUGAGGAGCGAAAGUUGUAUGUCGAAACCAUGCAUCCCGUCCUCACCAAAGGGAUGGACUUUCUUCGCGACCAUGGCGAAGAUGUGGGGUGCUAUAGCUGUCGGUUCAUGGACAUUGUCGAUCCUGUCUCUCACAAAGCUGAUAAGGAAAGGACUUUUGGCCUUGCUUUCUUUGACGACCUUAGCUCACUGGAAGGAUGGAGCAAAAGCCAUCAGACGCAUAUUAAUAUUUUUGGGGGCUUCUUGAAGUACGCGAAGUCGCUGGACAACAAUAUCAGCCUGCGUCUGUUCCACGAAGUAUUGGUUCUAAAGCCGGAGCAACAAUUGUUCGAAUACCUUGGGUGCCAUGAGAAUUCUGGGAUGCUGGUUUCUUUGGGCGCUACAUAGUAACUAGUUAGAGUUUCACGAUAUCAACUCAGGAGUCAGUUGAAAGAUGUAGGAGUAGUUUAAAGUUUAUGUCUCGAGUUUCAAAAUAAUCAUAUUGUUCGCCCGCCUACCCACGUUAUCAGCAUGGAGAUGUUUUUCUUUCUUUUCCAAAAGAGUUCAUCAAUAUCUGACGCUGGAAAUCUCGCUGUCCUGGUGGAAAGUCCGAUCUUCAAACCACACUUUCCUGGGCUGGUGUGAGCAACAGUAUCGAACACAGGCCAAACGGCCCCACGUU